AUGAAUUUGCCCAGUUCUUUUCCUCUCGUCAAACACCAAAAAUUGGGCUGUGGUGCAGUGAACGAGCGGUCGAGACAUCUUGUGUCGACAAUGGCAGAGCCUACAAACACUCCCAUGCCGGCAAGCACUCCGGUACCGGCAUCAACCCCGCGGUCAAGCUCCCCGCUGCAACAGUACUCAAUCCCUAGCUUGACACCCAAUGCGACGACAGCCACGAUCCCUCUCUGGCCGUCAACUACCUCCUCACCAGAUACUGCGACUCGAAAACCACAACGACCGAUAGUCCUCCAUAUUGGCGACCCGAUCAAGUACAACCCGGACACCUACGCCGAGUUCAACGCUGCCUUUGAGGUUAUCCGGCCCCCCACCCCCGAGCGCGAAAGAAACGAGCUCAUCCGCGCCCUGAAAGAGGAAAGAUGGGGUCACUUUAGCGCCAUAUUCCGUCCAUUCUGGGGCACAGGAGGAGAGAUGGGACGGUGGGAUGCUGAGCUCAUUGACCUGUUGCCUUCGUCGGUCAAAGUUUUUGCGAGCGCGGGCGCUGGGUUCGACUGGGCGGAUACCAAACUCCUGGGAGAAAGAGGGAUAAUCUACUGCAACUCGGGCCUCGCCGCGGCAGAAGCAGUAGCGGACUUUUCCGUCGCCAUGAUCAUCUCGACCUUUCGACACCUUCCGUGGUGCAUGAACGCCGCUACGUUUCCCUACCUAAUGUCCUCGAGCGAUGCCAGGAGUACCUUUCGGGAAUGCCACGCGAGAGCCACGGCUGCUAGUCACAACCCACGAGGGCAUACGUUGGGGUUGAUCGGGUUUGGGAAUAUAGGGCAGCAGAUAGCUGCUAAGAUGGGAAAUCCGGCCUUUGGGAUGAAGAUUGCUUACUAUGACGUUGUGAGGAAACCUGCUGCUGUCGAGUCUGAGCUCAGAGCUACAUUCUACGAGAAGUUGGAAGGCCUGAUGAAGGUAUCGGACUGCGUGGUGUUAUGCACGCCUGCUUCUGCGGACGGGAGACCGAUCAUCACUGCUGAGAGGUUGGGCUACCUACGGCCAGGGACGAGGUUUGUGAAUAUUGCAAGGGGGUCGCUCGUGGAUGAGGAGGCGUUGGCGGAUGCGUUGGACAGUGGAGUGGUAGGGGCUGCGGCGUUGGAUGUUCAUAUGGAUGAGCCCAGUGUGAACGAGAGACUGGUGAGGAUGGUGACUGGCUUAGGGUUUGAUGACAGAGGCCAGCAUCCGGGGAGGGUAAUGUUGACGUGUCACAACGCUGGCGGGACGGUGGAGACGCAUGUUGGAUUUGAGGAGUUGAGUAUGAGGAAUAUCUUGAGGGUGGUGAGGGAUGGUGGAGAGGCGGUUACGCCGGUUAAUUUGCAUUGGUUGAGGGAGAAGAAGGGGGUGUAAAGGCCGGAGGUCAUCAUGCGAAGUCAAGCAAGAAACAAUGUAAUCCCCUUAUCUUAUCUUGCCGUUUUUUUCAGGCGUGAGCUUGGCUACCUACUCAUGGCUCUGGUAUUAUGGGCGUCUCAGCUGGAUUUGCACUCUGUCUCUCUGCGUCACACUUCUCCGUCAUCUCAGCCCUGUUUCUGUUCUGCUGCUCGGCGCAACUGCCCAUCAUCUCGGCUGGAUUACCGCUCUGGCCUUUUGCUACGUCAUCACUGUCUAACUCGGAGAGCUGGGGCUGUUCUUGCUGCGGGGGUGUAUAGAGUUGGUAGGGUUCCUGCCCCUGAGCAGGACGGGUGGUAUACUGCGAUUCAAAAUGGGAGUUCUGCGUGUUGGGGGUGCCGUGGGGGUACAACCCCACACCAGCAUCACCGCUACCGGGUCCGUACAAAAAGUAGCCUUGCUGCUGCUGCUGUGUUUCGGGUGGUUGUUGUUUGGAAGGGUCGUAUUGGGGGGGAAAGUAUGGGUCGCCGCCGAUUGGGGGGC